UACACUUGUAUACAAUCAAAGUUGAAUAAAAGUAGAGGAAAAAAUGAAGCAUUUUAGAAGCAUGACAAUGCUAGUUUUGGUACUCAUAUUGGUGGCGAGAGUGAGAAGUUUGGAGGAGCAACAAAUGCCAAUCCCAACUUGUGCAAGCACUUUCUUCUCAGCACUCAUUCAGCUAAUACCAUGCAGGGCUGCAGUUGCUCCUUUCAGCCCUAUCCCACCAAGUGAAGCCUGCUGCAACUCCCUUAAGGCUCUAGGACAGCCGUGCUUGUGUGUCCUAGUCAACGGUCCCCCGAUCUCUGGGGUUGAUCGGAACAUGGCCUUGCAGCUCCCUGAAAAGUGCACUGCCAACUUUGAACCAUGUGACACCAUGAACUAG